GCGCAUCUUCCCCCUUUUGGAAUCGCCCGGUCCCCAUCUCCACUUCGAACCAAACCCGGAGGCGCGCCGCGCGCCUCCCCGCCGCCGCCGUCGAGCGGGAGGGGAUCGGAGCGCGCGGCCGCCGCCGUCGCCGAGUCCGUCCGACCUCCGUCCCCCGCGCCAACGCAGCAGCAGAGCAGCAGUGUGGGAAGGAAGAAGGGAAGCCGCUGCCGCGAGCGGCGAGCGGGAGUGGGGGUUUCUCCAUUGUUACCAUUUCAGGCCAGCCGCCGUCGACGCCGAGGCGGGGUGGGCCCCACCUGUCACUGGCCAUGUUCGCCUCUAUAUAUAUACACCGCGCCGCCCCCCUUCCGCCGCCAACCUGAGCCGAGCGGGGAGACGCGUCUUCCUCCUCCUCCUCCUCCAUUGCUGCUCCCCCUCCCCCUUCCUCCUACAGGGGCAUGCGAUUUUGGAAGCGGAGUUGAUACUUGAUCGAGAUGGUUAAAGUAGAAGAUGAUGUGGAGGGCAGUGGCAUCAACGCUUCUGUUGGUGAUCUCAGGGAUGCUGCUGUCAAUCCACAGCCUGCCCUGCUGCGUGCUACUGUUAAGGAGGAGGAAGGACAGCCAAGCUCUUCCUCCAGUCAUGUAAGAUCACAAUUUAUUGGCAUGGGGUUUUCACCAAUGUUGGUUGACAGGGUGCUUCAGAAACACGGUGACAGAGAUUCAGAUACUAUACUGGAGGCUCUUUUGUCACAGUCUGCUCUUCAAAAAUCUGGGUCUGAAUCAGGUUCAUUGGGAGAUCUCUUUGAUUCUGAUAAUGAAGAAAAUAGUUCUCAUUUUGCGCCUAGGAAAGAAGUUAUCCAAGACAUUAAGGUUGAAGCUGAUUCAUCCUCAGAAAAGAGAUCAUAUCUACUGAGUACAAUGAACUUCUCGCAGCGAGAAGUUGAUUUGGCACUCAACCAGCUAGGUGAGGAAGCAUCAUUGGAACAGCUUGUAGAUUUCAUUGUUACUGGUCAAGUGUCAGGUUGCUCUGGAGGAAACGAAAAUGGAGAUGCUUCAAAUGAGGUAAAGGAUGAAUCACUGUUUGGAGUAAUGGAUAAAACACUACAUUUACUCCAGAUGGGUUUUACGGAGGAAGAAGUGUCAUCUGUCAUUGACAAAGCUGGUCCAGAAGCAACAGUUUUGGAGCUGGCUGACACCAUUUUUGCACGUAGAAUUGCCAGUAGCAUUGAGCAGAAAGAGGUGAAAGUUGAGCCUGACUUUCUAGAUGAGACAGAAACCAGCUAUUCAGCAUACCAUCCCUCAAAUUCUGGUCUAAGGUACUAUGAUGACGACCAUGACAACAUAAGGAUUAAAAGGGCUAAGCAUAUGUUUAUAGAUGACAGUGCGGGUUCCAGUAGUCGUGCUGGAAAUCAACCUAACUUAGAUCCAUGGCUUAAGGAUCACCGUGCCACAACUAGUGAUGGGUCUGUCAAGGAAGAAUUUGAUGCAAUGACACCAGGCAUCCGUAGAAAUGUUCGCAGUGAUGUCGCCAAUCCCCCAUAUUUCUUAUAUGGAAAUGUUGUAGAAAUUCCCAAAGCUACAUGGCGUCAGCUGUCAGAGUUCUUAUAUAAUGUGGAGCCAGAGUUUGUAAAUAGCCAGUUUUUCUCGGCUCUCUCACGAAAGGAGGGUUACAUUCAUAACCUUCCAACAGAGGGAAGGCGUAACCUGGUUCCUAGGUCACCAAUGACUAUCGAAGAAGCAUUCCCAUUCACAAGGCAGUGCUGGCCAUCGUGGGACACAAGAAAACAACUUAACAGUGUUGCUACAGAAGUUGCAGGAAUAGAGCAGCUGUGUGAGAGACUGGGAAAGAUGGUAAGAGACUCAGGAGGUUAUCUUUCACAAGAAAAGAAAACGCACAUCAUGCACCAGUGCAAGCUGGCUAACCUCAUCUGGGUUGGCCCAGAUAGGUUAAGUCCUUUGGAUCCACAACAAGUGGAACGGAUACUUGGCUACCCACGGAAACACACAAACCUGUUUGGCCUGAAUCCACAAGAUAGAAUAGAAGCCAUGAGGUACAGUUUCCAGACUGACACACUCGGCUAUCUUUUGUCAGUCCUGAAGGACCUGUAUCCAGAUGGGCUAAGGGUGCUAUCAAUCUACAGUGGAAUUGGAGGUGCAGCAAUUGCCCUCCAUCGCCUAGGGAUACCACUACAGUGUGUAGUAUCUGUUGACCAAUCUGAUACGAACAGGAAAAUUUUGAGAAGGUGGUGGAGUAAUACUGAACAAAAGGGGCAACUGAGGCAGAUAAAUACCAUUUGGAAGCUGAAGAUUAAUGUACUUGAGGACCUGGUGAAAGAAUUUGGUGGUUUUGACAUAAUUAUUGGUGGAAACUUCAGUUCCUGUAAAGGUGGUACAACAGUAAACUCAUCCAUGGGCAUGGAUUCCAACCAGUUUUUUGAGUAUGUUCGUGUUGUUCAAAGAGUGAAGCAUAUAAUGGGUCGGCUCCAGGUGAGGGCGCAUGAAUCUGCUCGACAUCGACAUCGCUCUCCAUCAAAUUGACUUGUCUGGCCUUGUAGGAUGGUGUAGCAUUAGCAUAGCAUCAUGUGGAUCUGUAGGUGAUGUGUCAUGGAGCAGUUGCUCUCAGACAACUUUAAAUGUUAUGUUGAUCUCCGCAGAAACAUUGCGAUGGCUGUUAGCAUUCGUUACAUUGCAUUAAUUACCCUUUCAUGUUCCUGGUAUUCGUAGCAUUAUGCUCCAUUCUUUGAUUAUAAUUGCUUUCUAUGCUGCUUCUAGAGUUGUUUUAUGUUUGCCUGGUUGUAAUCGCUCAGUAGAUUGGGACUAAGCGAUCAGUUUGCUGGGUAACCUUACAGCAAAAUUACAUUCGUUUUUCAGCUUCUAAAUGCUCAGUUACAAUUGAAA